UUGUGAUUAACAAUGGACGAAUACAAUGGAGGAAAUAAGAGAGGACGAAUUUGUCCAAUCGUGGGAAAGAAAAGCUGCGCCCAGCACAUCUAGAGGUGCGCCAAGUAAUUUUUCUGGAAUAAUAAUAAUAAUAAUCCUGAGUAAUAAAAAAUAAAAUCAAUGCGCGCGAUCUGAUGCUGCGCUAGUUCUGGAUUCGGGACUCAGUUGUAGCCGGUUGGAGAGGAGCAUCAACAAGUCGCUUUCCUGUACAGUGUACACGCUCUUUUAUGACACAUUUGUGUGCGUUCCAUGCUCGUGAAUAGUGGGUUAUAAGAGUGAGAAAUUUGAAUACUUCUGUCAAUGGAGUACAGGAAAAUUAAAGAUCAGGACAAGCAUGAGGCAUCUGUUGAUGAUAUUGAAAGCUCACCCACGAAAGCUGUUUCAGGCUCUCUCAAUAUUGUGGCCGCCGUAGGGGCAAGCCCAGGUGACCGAUCUAAGUGGAAGCGCAAGUCAAUGGUGACACUUGCAUUGACCGUGCUUACAAGUUCACAAGCAAUACUCAUUGUCUGGUCAAAGAGAGCUGGAAAGUAUGAGUACAGUGUUACAACUGCAAACUUUUUGGUAGAGGCUCUGAAGUGUGCACUGUCACUUGCAGCUUUAAUGAGAAUCUGGAGAAAAGACGGCGUUACUGAUGAUAACAGGUUAAGCACCACAUAUGAUGAGGUCAGUGUUUAUCCAAUUCCCGCUGCUCUGUACCUUGUCAAGAAUUUACUGCAGUAUUACAUAUUUGCAUAUGUAGAUGCUCCUGGAUAUCAGAUACUAAAGAACUUGAACAUUAUCAGCACUGGUGUUUUGUAUCAAAUUAUUCUUAAGAGGAAGUUGAGUGAGGUUCAAUGGGCAGCUUUCAUUUUACUUUGUGCAGGAUGUACAACAGCACAACUUAAUCCUAGCUCUGAUCAUAUUCUCCAAAGUCCUGUUCAAGGUUGGCUUAUGGCUAUUGUUAUGGCUCUUCUAAGUGGUUUUGCUGGAGUUUACACAGAGGCAAUAAUAAAGAAGCGGCCUUCAAGGAAUAUUAAUGUUCAAAACUUCUGGCUAUAUGUCUUUGGAAUGGUCUUCAAUGCUAUUGCAAUAGUCAUUCAAGAUUUUGACGAAGUUGUGGACAAGGGUUUCUUCCAUGGAUAUUCACUUAUUACAGUUCUCAUGAUUCUCAACCAUGCACUGAGUGGUCUAGCUGUAUCAAUGGUAAUGAAGUACGCUGACAAUAUUGUGAAGGUAUAUGCUACUUCUGUUGCAAUGUUACUGACAGCUGUUGUAUCGGUAUUCCUUUUUGGAUUUCAUCUUUCACUCGCUUUCUUUCUGGGAUCAAUUGUUGUAUCAGUCUCUGUGUAUUUGCACUCCAUCGGAAAACUCCAGAGAUAACAAAAAAAUCAAUGCAUUUCAUCUCGCUUUGUUGAGUAGGAGUGAUUGUGCAUCACUUGAUCCAUGCUUGGUUUUCUAUCCAGUUGACAUUGGAAAGGCGCAUUUUUCUGGAGUCGUGGUAUUUUUGGGGUAAUGGAGCUUUGGAUCUCCAUCUCUGUCUAUGGUUGAUAGCUUUUUAUGGAUUGAUUUUGGUGGCUUCAUAGUUUGGAAUAUUCUGUAGAUAUGUUUCUACUGUGCCAGCACAAAUUUGACUUGGUGACAUAUAGCAUCAUAUAAAUGUUUCUAUUAUUUGUUUGGAUAAUUUUUAUUCUUGUCCAUUCAUUAAUUAUGAGCUUAUUAUAUUCAAUAAUUAUGUCUCUCAUAA